CAAGCCGCUCAACAACUACUUGGCGCCGGCGCGAGAGUCACAACCAACUUGCUCCGGCCAACUGCUGCUGAAGAAGGCAACAUUCACAAGAAAUUACAUCUUACUUGCAUGCCGAAGGUCAUGGCCAGAAGAAGUGGAUGCCAGCAAGCGAGAUCUGUCAAUGGAAACACACGUAAGAUAGCAAGAGUAAAGAAAGAGUGCAACAAGAGGAGAAAAUCAAUAAAAAAGAUGAAUGACUCUCAGAAUGUAUGGAGGCAGAAUGGUCUGAACAACGUGAAUGAAGUUGUGUCUGACUCGUCUGAUCAAACUCCAGAUGCACAGCCAUCUCCACUCCCAACACUCAGUUGGGGCAGUUCAGAGGACGUCUGGAUGAAAAUGCUGAGUAAAGAGAUAAAGUACGAACACAGCAAGAGCAGUUUAGACAGACAUCCGUCACUGCGGCCCAAAAUGAGAGCCAUGCUGCUCGACUUGCUCAUGGAGGUACUGUCACACGAUCUGCUCUUCACACUAGAUUCCGUUUAUAAUGUUUCACUGUAUAGACUUCCAUGAAGUGAGAGUUAGUUAUUGUUACUAUUAAGG